GGGACCACUACGCUCACGAAAACUCCACUUUGCAGAAUGCUUCUGCCAGGUCCUACUGUCUGUCUCUUUCCAGGCAUGUAAUGCCUCCAAGAUUCAGGUUUGCAUUUCCAUCUCUUCCUUGUGCACCCCUGACAACAGAGCCUAGUGCCAGCUGCAUUAACGGAAGAGCAGUAAUCCUCCUCUCCCCGUUACUGCCAUGAGGAAUACGUACACCCUCUUUCUCUUUGUAGUGGGCUCCUUCUAUCUGAACGGAAGCACUGCAGCAGAUGCUGAGGAAAAGCUAAUGAACCACCUACUGAGUCCUGACAGGUACAAUAAGUUAAUUCGACCAGCUGUCAACUCAUCCCAGUUGGUAUCUAUAGAACUGCAGGUUUCCCUGGCACAGCUCAUCAGUGUGAACGAACGGGAGCAGUUCAUGACUACAAACGUCUGGCUGAACCAGGAGUGGACUGAUUAUCGUUUGGCUUGGAAGCCCUCUGACUAUGAAGGCAUAAAUAUGCUGAGGAUACCUGCAAAACACAUCUGGUUGCCAGACAUUGUACUUUACAAUAAUGCGGAUGGCACAUACGAAGUUUCGCUAUACACAAAUGCAAUUGUAAAGAAUAACGGAAGCAUUCGCUGGUUGCCACCAGCCAUUUACAAGAGUGCCUGCAAGAUUGAAGUUAAGCAUUUCCCAUUUGAUCAACAAAACUGCACGUUAAAGUUCCGGUCUUGGACAUAUGAUCAUACAGAAAUUGAUAUGGUGCUUAAAACUUCCAUGGCAAGCAUGGAUGACUUUACGCCAAGUGGAGAGUGGGACAUUGUGGCACUCCCAGGAAGAAGGACUGUAAAUCCUUUGGACCCCAAUUAUGUUGAUGUGACAUACGACUUCAUUAUUAAGAGGAAACCUCUUUUUUAUACUAUCAAUCUUAUCAUUCCCUGUGUGCUAAUUACAUCCUUGGCCAUCCUGGUGUUCUACUUACCUUCAGACUGUGGUGAAAAAAUGACCUUAUGCAUAUCUGUAUUGCUUGCCUUGACUGUGUUCUUGCUGCUGAUCUCCAAAAUUGUCCCUCCAACAUCUCUAGAUGUUCCACUGAUUGGGAAGUAUCUCAUGUUUACGAUGGUACUGGUGACCUUCUCAAUAGUUACCAGCGUCUGUGUACUCAAUGUCCACCACAGAUCUCCAAGUACUCACACUAUGCCUCCUUGGGUCAAGCUGGUUUUCCUUGAAAGACUCCCAGCCUACCUGUUCAUGAAGCGUCCAGAAAAUAAUUCUCCACGGCAAAAGCCGUGCAACUGCAAAAAGACAAAAGCAGAGCAUCCUUGUAUGGAGCCAGCCGACUUCUACAAGAACUCUACCUAUUUUUUGAAUACAGCCUCUGCCAAAAAAUAUGAUACGAAAAUCACUGAGACUCUUGACAAUGUCAGCAGUCAUCGAGAUUUUAGGUUAAGAACAGGCACAAAAUUUUCUCCUGAAGUCCAAGAAGCAAUUGAUGGAGUCAGUUUUAUAGCAGAGCACAUGAAAAGUGAUGACAACGACCAGAGUGUCAUUGAAGAUUGGAAGUAUGUUGCCAUGGUAGUGGACAGGCUGUUUCUCUGGAUAUUCGUCCUGGUUUGUGUCCUGGGGACUGUUGGUUUAUUUCUGCAGCCACUUUUCCAAAACCACACUGCUGCCGUGAACCCUUAGUUGUCAUUUAAAAUUGUCAAUACCUACAUAGAUGUUGCGUCUCAUUCUGCUCUAAGUUCCCCUCUGCUAAAUCCAACAGAGAUGCCAACCGAGUUGCUCUUACAUCAGAUUUAGAGUGGGGGAAUGGAAAGUAGAACUUGACUUAUUGUGAUAGGGGGAAAAAAAUCCAGAUCAAACAGAAAACUAUUAUUUUUUCUGAGUUCAGGACUUCUGGUGAUAUCUUGGCCCUUUUUUUCUUCAAUUAUUUGAGGUCUGAACAGUUCAGAGAAAGGUUUUUACCAUACAGUAUGCCAUCCUGGCACACACGGAUUAUUAUUUUAAAAAGUAUUUUACAUACAUUGGCUCAGAAAGGACAUUUUCUUUCCUUAGAAUACUGCAAUCUCCCUAUUACAAAGAAGGUAUUGUUCUGACAUUUACUUCCUUCAAAUGCAUCAAAACUAUUUGUGUCAGAUUUAUAAAGAACUUUACAGGUGGAAUCACUGUUUUGCUGUUUGAGUAUGAUAUUUAAAACUGAACUGAGAAACUGAGACAUAGUGCUGAAGUAACCACUAACGGGUUUCUCACCUUGCCAUGUCUGAUAAGCUGCUUGAUCAGCAGAGGCCAAAUUAAAAUAUUAUAAACAAACAUGUAUAUACUCUGUUCAGUGAUGAGAUAUAAAUAAAAUGUAAAAUUUUCCUUUAUAUAGGCUUAGUCCUGAAAUGUUCCUGCAACUUUGACGGCUCAUGUAGUUGGGCUCAUGUAGGUGUUCGUGAAUCUAAGGCUAAGAGCACAGGAAAGCAUCUAGAGAAGGCAACUGCGGAAGGCAGCUGGAAUGAGAAGACACCCGAGAGCAAAGACCUGCAUGUUUUGCUGGGGAGAUUUUAAUGUGGAUUUAAGUAUAAUCCUCAGCAAACCAGCUAGGCAAGCGCAUAACACACGUAGUCUUAACAGCCUUUGGCAAAAGAAAGUUCCAGGCCCCAGACUCCUGUCACAGGACGGCCCCACCACGCUGUGCUCCAGGUACCUUGUAACCUGCAGAAGGAGAAGCGGGCUGUGUUCCUGGCGUUUUUCCAGCUAAACCAAUCUCAGAUUUUCCUUGGGGUGCUGUCAGGACACAGAACAGUUUUACCACUGUCGAUAGGUACAACUGAUGACGAGCGAUCACACUGUGUAAAUCCAGUGCUGCUAGUGAAGGGGAUUUGAGGCUCCUCUGUCCCAGGGGAGGACGAGCUAACACCUAAACCUGUGUCCUCCAACAAGCCACAGGCAAAGACAGCUCUGGCUCUACCUGCCCUCAUCAAACCUGAGCUACACUACCUAGAUCACCAUUCCCAGGCAGCUACAGACGACUACGUAGAUUUAGACAUGCCGAAACAGCUACACCAGCCCCUUUCCAAUCGUACAGAACAACUCCAGGACCUUUGCUGACUCCUGUGCUCACUGCCCCCGUGCCCAGGCGCUGAGCUCCCCAGCACUGCUGCCACACACCCACCCUGAGCGCCCAAAGGGCUCUGCGGGGUCCUGAGUACUGCAGCACGGCCUGGUGCUGGCGCCUGCGGCAGAUACAACAAAAAAGCAUCCGAAGUGGAGCGGGUGAGGCUAUGUGAGCAGCAGCAGUAUCUCCUUUAAGUCACACGCCAGAAGAAAGAAUGGUUUUAACAGUUAUCCUCCCCUCCGUUCCCCUUCCUCUACGCACUGUAACGGUGUCCAUCACUGAGGACAGGCGAGAAGGUGAGGGAUGACUGUAGGACAGGCCUAUUAAUGCAGGUGUGCCCAUGACCACAGCAGCUCCUCUCCCAGCGGGCAGCAAUGCUCUGGUCAUCUCUCCAAACAUCAACCGUUCUGGACAUUUCCUAUGGUGACUGGUGGGUGGCACAAAGUUUAAAAGGGUCAAACCUGCUUUCCCCACCUCAAAUGCCAUCUUCUCUUCCUCAGACCUAGAGAGCAGAGCUAUUUCUCUGUGGGCAACGAAACAACAGCUGUGAGAGGGGACGGGGCACAGGUAGCCCCCUGGGAGCUGUGUUAAGAUCAGAUCUUAGUCAACUCAGGUGAUGAUGAGGAGACUAUUUUCCCACCUUUGUCUGCGGUAUUGAUGUGCCCUCUCUAAAAAGUCAACACUGCUGGUCUUCGUGGUUUGCUGCGCGGAAACCCAGCAGGAACAGUCCCAGAUAAACUCACCCGGACACGGGCGGUGCACAUGUGUGGUGGUGGCACUUGUACAUGUUCUGACAGGAGACGGGACUGGUCAGGGUUUAAGAGUUUUGUAAUAGAGGGAAUGGGGAGGGAGCCAGCAGAGGCUUUCCCUCGCUAGUAGGGAAGCAAAGCACGCUGCCGUUGAAAAACAGCU